AUGGAGAUGAAAGGCAGCAGCUAUGAAAUACCAUCUUUUGCUGUGGCACAGUUCUUUCGAGUCGCUGGCGAGGCUGGUCGAAGCGAGGAGUUCUUGGAAGCAGCCAGCAAGAACGACUUGGAGAUUUCGGUGGAAGCAUAUUGUGUUAUUUUAGUGGACUGUGUGCGAACGAGCAACCUCAAGUUGGCCGAGAAGGUGGAGACUGCUGUGAGAUCCACCAGAACGACCAUCUCUCCUCAGCUCUAUGAGAUGUUGAUCAAAGUCUACAUGCUUGGCUCUGAUGAGAGAGCCAUUGUAAUCUUCAAGGAGCUUCAACGCUCGGAUGGCGUCAGCGAGACCUUCUGUGUAAAAUUGCUGGCGCGCUGCGCAGAGUGCAAGUUUCUGAGCUUUGCAGAGGAGAUCAUCAAGCAUUGCCGAACUAUCAAGGUCAUGACUUUGUCAGUCUACAGUGCCUUGAUGAAAGUGUAUGCAUAUUCUGGGUUGUACGAGAAAGCAUGCGAUCUCUAUGAAGAGAUCAAACGGGAAGGUGUUGAGCCUGAUGCGAUGAUGUACGGGUGUCUUAUGAAGUUUGCAGUCGAGUGUGGGCGCAAGUCUCUCCUACAAGAGUUGUCGGAAAAAGUGCCAAGCCUUGACAUUCAGCAUUACAUGUCGAUGAUACGUUCUGCUGGCUGUGACGGUGAUGUUGCCCGAGCAUUUGCCGUGUUUGAACGAUUGAAGAAAAGUCCUGUGUCGGCUGACGUUGCUGCCUUCAACUGUGUUCUGGAUGUUUGUGUCCGUGCUGGUGAUAUGAAGAGUGCAAAAGAAUUGAUGGAAGACAUGCGUCCGCAGAAUAUGGUAGAUAUCAUCACUUACAACACCAUGAUCAAGGGCCUUUGCAAUCAAAGGGAUGUGAAAGGCGCCCGGUUGAUGAUGCAAGAGAUGGAAGAGAGAGGAAUUGCCGCCAAUGAUGUGUCUUACAAUUGCUUGAUCAAUGCUGCUGUGAGCUCUGGCAAUAUGUCAGAAGCUUGGGACCUGGUAAAGACCAUGGAGUCCAAGGGCGUACGCCCUGAUCGCUACACCAUAUCCACAAUCAUGAAAACUCUCAAAAGGACCACGCCACCAGGCCAUGCAGCAAAAUGCUUUGAUCUACUGGAUCGCUCUGGAGUCGAUCUUUGUCAGGAUGAAAUCCUUCUGAAUAUUGUGCUGGAGACCGGCAUUCGGCACAAAGAGCUGAAGCGGAUGAAUGGGAUCUUGGAAGCCUUUGAGCAAUCCAAAAUCCGUCCAUCGACACCAACAUACGGAUCUCUGAUCAAAGCAUAUGGGAUCAUGAAGAGACCGGACAGAUGUUGGGAAAUUUGGAAGGAGAUGACAGAUCAACGAGGUUUGACACCGACACACAUUGUGAUUGGUUGCAUGCUGGAUGCCUUAGUAUGCAAUGGCUUGGUAGAUGAUGCAGAACGUAUUUUUUACGAAUACUCCACGGCACCAAACGUGAUCUUGUACUCUAUCCUUUUCAAGGGCUUUGCAGCAACUCAUCAGCCAAAGCGAGCUAUGGAUUUGUGGAGAAGCAUGCGGAAGAAGGGCUUGACGAUGAACACAGUCGGCUACAAUUCUGUCAUUGAUUCACAGGCUCGGCUGGGAAAUGUGGAGGAGGUGACUGAGAUCAUGAGUGCAAUGUCUGAAGAAGGCAUCAAGCCGGACAGGAUUACUCAUUCGAUCAUCGUGAAAGCAUACUGCAUCAGAGGUGACUUCAAGCGAGCUAUUGCUACUAUCCACAGUAUGCAGGACUGCAACGUGGAACACGAUGCGGUGGUGUACAACACCUGUAUGGAUGCAUGUUCUAAGCACUCCAGGGUGGAGUUGGUGGAUCAGCUCUUGGAAGAAAUGCUGACUCACAAAAUUGCCCCGACGAACUUCACCCUUGGAAUUCUGGUGAAGACAUGCGCGCGGGCAAAGCAGCUGGACAAAGCGUUUGAGAUGGUGGACAAGUUGCCAAAAAUUGGAAAAUUUGCGCCGAACCAGCAGGUGUGGAUGAGCCUCAUGCAGUGUUGUAUCAACAACGGCUCCCCUCAAAAGGCGUUGGAAGUCUUUCAUGAAAUGCGGAAAUGUAGCCAUGGAGUUGACUGCAAGGUUUACCAGGUCUUGAUAUCUGGUCUGGUGAAAUAUGGUUGUUUAGCUGAAGCCGUGAAGCUGGUAGAAGAGGCUUGUGGCCUCUGGGAAUUACCAAAAUCCCGGAGCAAGCAGCACCUCAGCCUGGAUUGCCUGGAGGCGCUCUUCGAGGCGAUAAUGCGCCAAAAUUCGAGGCAAGAAUUGGCUUUACCACUCUUGGAGCGUCUUAGGGCGGCGCAGAUUCCCGUCAGUUCACGAAUGGUGGCGCUCGCGUUUGCGGCCAUUGAAGAUGCCUAG